AAUAUGAUUAUAUUCAUGAUAAGUUUGUCUUUUAGGGAACUCUCAGACUUUGAUAAAGAUGGAGCAUUGACACUGGAUGAGUUUUGUGCUGCUUUUCAUCUGGUAGUUGCUAGGAAGAAUGGCUAUGACUUACCAGAAAAACUCCCUGAAAGUUUAAUGCCCAAACUGAUUGAUUUGGAAGAUUCAGCAGACGUUGGGGAUCAGACAGGUGAGGUAGGUUAUUCAGGCUCUCCUGCAGAAGCACCUCCAAGCAAGUCGCCAUCCAUGCCGUCACUAAACCAGACUUGGCCAGAGAUGAAUCAGAGCAGUGAGCAGUGGGAGACAUUUAGCGAACGCUCUUCAAGCUCACAAACUCUGACCCAAUUUGAUUCUAACAUUGCACCAGCUGAUCCUGAUACUGCUAUUGUUCAUCCAGUUCCCAUUCGGAUGACUCCAAGCAAAAUCCACAUGCAGGAAAUGGAACUUAAACGAACUGGCAAUGAUCAUACCAAUCCCACUAGCCCAUUACUUGUGAAGCCAUCUGACCUAUCAGAAGAAAAUAAGAUAAAUUCAUCAGUGAAAUUUGCUUCUGGAAAUACUGUAGAUGGUUACAGUAGUUCAGACUCUUUUACUUCAGACCCAGAACAGAUCGGGAACAAUGUAACUCGUCAAAGGUCUCAUUCAGGAACGUCACCUGAUAACCCCGCUCCGCCACCUCCCCCUCCAAGGCCACAGCCCUCUCAUUCUAGAUCGUCAUCUUUAGACAUGAAUCGGACCUUUGCAGUCACCACAGGACAACAACAGGCUGGAGUUGUUGCCCACCCUCCUGCAGUGCCUCCAAGACCACAGCCCUCACAGGCCCCUGGUCCCGUAGUGCAUCGGCCUGUGGAUGCGGACAGCCUAAUAACUCACACCAGUACCUCACCUCAGCAGAUACCGGAACAACCAAAUUUCGCAGAUUUCAGCCAAUUUGAAGUAUUUGCUGCAUCAAAUGUAAAUGAAGAACAAGAAGAUGAAGCUGAGAAACAUCCAGAAGUCUUGCCGGUUGAAAAAGCUUCUGACCCUGCAAGUUCUCUUCGAGUUGCCAAAACAGAUAGCAAAAUUGAAGAAAAGACAGCUGCUAGUGCUCCCGCCAAUGUGAGCAAAGGUACAACACCUCUUGCUCCACCACCCAAACCUGUUCGAAGAAGAUUAAAAUCAGAAGAUGAGUUAAGGCCAGAAGUUGAUGAACAUACACAAAAGACAGGUGUCUUAGCUGGUGUUCUUACAUCACAGCCUUCUAUUCCUAGGUCUGUGGGAAAAGAUAAGAAAGCUAUUCAGGCAUCAAUUAGACGCAAUAAGGAAACCAACACAGUUUUGGCCAGACUGAACAGUGAAUUACAGCAACAGUUAAAGGAUGUUCUCGAGGAGAGAAUUUCCCUGGAAGUUCAACUGGAACAGCUUCGACCAUUCUCUCACCUAUAAGCCAAUUGCCGUUAACUGUGAACAUACCCAUUCUUGAGCAGUUUGGGGUUGAAGCCAAUUUGGAGACCCAAACAUUUAGCUCAUUGCUUAAGUCAACGUUAAAUUUUAUGAUUCUGUUUUGCCCUCUAUGUUCACCAUUGUAUUUAAGUAUCUUUUAUUUUUUAAUUUCAACAAUAAAAGGGUCAGGAUGA